GAUGUAUGUUACACGAAUGUAAGUGCAUCAUUGGAUACAAUCGCACAAGAGGUACUGAAUCGUCUAAGAGAGAAGCAUCCGAACCAUUCGAUAUUCUCCACGUCUGAAGAAACUUUUUCUUAUUGGAAAACCAACAAUAUCGAAGAUAAUCAUUGGGACAAAACAGAGAGUACGCAGAUUAUGGAUACACUUCAGGAAUAUAUAUUUGGCAUCUUGAACUUUCGAGCACAUAUCUCCUCAUAUGUACCCGAAGAUAUCAAAUGGUUGUGUAUAGAUUAUGUUUUACAAAGUAAAGUUGGUCCAGAUAUCAUUUUAUAUACAAUAUUUCAUAGCGUGGCUAGAAAACUUGGUCUACGUUGCGAUCUAAUAGAUAUUUGGUCUUGCUGCUGUAUAUUUUGGAAACCAGAAUUCGUCACGAAUAAUUUAGAAAAUGCAAGAUGUUUUAACAUAGUAGACGAUAAGUACCCGAAUUGUCUUUGUGAUUAUCUACCAUAUUACAGGUGUAUUGAAAUACUUCGUCACGUCACCGAAACGGGAACUGAAGAGAUGUUGGAUACGAUAAAAUCUUUUGUUGAAAUGAUUAUAAGCGGACAUACAAUUAUCGAUUUGGGAUUAGUCAAAGUGAAUAUAUCAUCGUAAAAUAAAGAGCAUUGUGAGAUAUUUUCAGAUAACAAUUAUGUAUAAUUUACAAUUUUCUAUAAUUUAACGUGUUUAAGUGUUUAGUAAGACAUUUAUUCACUAUAUGUAUAUAGAAAGAAGAGAAAUGUAGAAUCUCUUAUUUUUUAAUUUAUAAUUAGAUCUUUGUUUACAUGUUAUCUUUAUCCAUGUUUAAUUAAUUUUUUAGAUGUUGGUUUAACAAAAAAUACCGUUGUAGAUUUUAUAGCGGAACAUAAAAUAAAAGCUUUGCGAUUAAUCCGAAUUAAUUGUAAUAUGUAAAGAACAUACGCGCACUAACAAUCGCAUAUUAAUAUAUAAUAUAUAUACAAUUGUAAAAAUAUUGAACUUUGUGAAUUUCUUUUAGAUAACAAUAUGUAUAAUUUACAAUUUUUUAUAAUUUAACGUGGUUAAGUGUUUAUUGAGACAUUUAUUCAUAAAAAAAAUCAAUUAAAGUACAAAUUUUACAGUUUAUGUUUUAGAUUUCGUUUUAAAUAGUAGAACAAAUAAAUAAAAACGUAAAAUAUGCCGUAGUUGCAUAGACCAACAUAAUAGACAGAUGUUAUAUUGACGCAUAUACAUGUAUAUACAUAUAUAUUUUCGACUUUUGUAGAUAAAUACCAUGCCCUAUUUUUGUAUGCAAUGUCAAUUGAAUAUCAACGACGAAUAAAAUGUAUUUAUCGUUCUCUGCUA